GGGAUCGCGGUGUCCGCGCUGUCCCCGCGCCGUGCGCGCCUGCCUUAAAGCGGCGAUGGCGCCGCCGAUUCGCGGCCUCCCCCGGCGCAGCCUUGGCCGCUUUAAGGGCCGGGGGCGGUCCCCACCGGCACGGCCAUGCUGCGGGCGCGCUGGGCGCUGCCGUUCGCGGUGGGCGCGGGGCUGGGGGCGGCCCUGGCCCCCCGGGACCGCCGGGAUGCCCGCGAUCCGCGGGGCGAGGCGGCCGAGGGGCUGCUGGCCCGCCUGCCCGUGCUGCCCGCCGUGGCCGCGGCCUCGGCCGGCCCGCCGGCCCCGCCGGGCUCGGGGCGCACCGAGCUCAGCAAGUACGGGCUGCCCGGGCUGGCGCAGCUGCGGAGCCGCGAGUCCUACGUGCUGUGCUACGACCCGCGGAGCCGCAGCGCGCUCUGGGUCAUCGAGCAGCUCAACCGCGACACGCUGAGCGGCGCCUCGGACCGCGCCGCCUGCGACUUCCAGGAGGACGACUCGGUGCACGAGUAUCACCGCGCCACCAACGCCGACUACCGCGGCAGCGGCUUCGACCGCGGGCACCUGGCGGCGGCCGCCAACCACAAGUGGAGCCAGAAGGCCAUGCGGGACACGUUCUACCUGAGCAACAUCGCUCCGCAGAAUCCUCACUUAAACCAGAAUGCCUGGAAUAACCUUGAGAAGUACUGCAGGAGCUUGGCAAAGCACAACAGGAAUGUCUACGUCUGCACAGGCCCCCUCUUCCUGCCCAGGAUGGAGGGCGAUGGGAAGAUGUAUGUCAAGUACCAGGUGAUUGGGAAGAACAACGUGGCCGUCCCCACCCACUUCUUCAAGGUGCUCAUCUUGGAAAAGGAGAGCGGGGAGAUCGAGCUGCGCUCGUACGUGAUGCCCAACAGCCCCGUGGAUGAGAAGAUCCCCCUGGAACGGUUCCUGGUCCCCAUCGAGAGCAUCGAGAGAGCCUCGGGGCUGCUCUUUGUCCCAAACAUCCUGAGGAGAACGAGUAACUUGAAAGCCAUCACAGCUGGGAGCAAGAGUUGAACCCUGACUAAGUAAAUCGAGGUAUCCCCGGGAAGGGACUGACAGCAGUGACCCACAGAAUCAGUUCCUUGUGCAAUUUUAAAUGUGGGGGGAAUCAAACUAAUGCUUCUCUCUACCCCUUGUCCUCUUUUGUGGAAGUGAAACGCAAACACAACACACAGCAGGUCUCCAGGGGGGUCCUGCAAAGACUCCUGGGCACCUGACACUGUAGCAGCUCUGUAGACUAGAAUUUGUCCUAACCCACUGCUCCCCUGGAGUUGUGUGAGCUCAUUAAGGCACAGAGGGAAGUUACUAACUUUUGCUGUUUAUCAGGGAAGGAGGGGAAGCAAGAUGGGUGCAGUGGGAGGAGAGGAGGAAUUCCUGCCUUCCUGUGGCCAAAGGAUUGUGUGAUUGUUUUCUUCCAGGAGAUGGUUUUAGCAGUAAAGCUUUGACCACCCACGGUA